CGGUGAAUUCACAACAUUCAAGAUGUCAGCUGCCAUCGCUUCCCUCGUUUCCUACGGUAGCGAUUCAGAUUCAGAAAAUGAGUCUGAGUCUAAUACCGCCGCUGAGAAAGUGGACACAGCGGACCCGGACGCUUUGUCUCACCUGAAACCUUUAAAGUCUGAACCCACCAUGUCUGUGGCUCUUCUCAAUUCCGCUCCGGAGGUCGCCGUUAAGGAGUCUGUUGAGACUGGCACACACCUGGACCCCUCGCUGAAAGAAGUCGCCUAUAACCCGACAUUUGAAACCAUGUUUGCACCAGAGUUUGGGCCAAUGAACCCAUUUAAAAGCCAGCAGAUGGCUGCCCCCAGGAACAUGUUAUCCGGCUACGCAGAACCUGCUCACCUUAACGACUUUAUGUUUGAGCAGCAGAGGAGGACCUUCCACACCUAUGGUUAUGCUUUAGAUCCAUCUGUUGACACACACCAGGUCUCCUCCAGUAGCUACAUUGGUGCUGUGGAUGAGGCUGAGAAAAACAAAGGGCUCACUGUGUUUGAGAGCGGACAGAAGAAGUCAGAGAAAAGGAAAAAGAUCAAAGGCGGAGAAGCAGGAGAGAUCGACAACUUCCUUGGACCGUGGGCGAAAUAUAUAGAUGAGAAAGAUGUGGCUAAACCAUCAGAGGAUGAGCAGAAAGAGCUGGACGAGAUCACGGCCAAGAGGCAGAAGAAAGGCAGGAAUGAGGAAGACGCUCCUGCAGAAGAGAAGACCAUUCUCCAUGUUAAAGACAUGUACGAUUACCAGGGCAGGUCCUACCUUCACAUCCCACAGGAUGUGGGCGUCAACCUGCGUUCUGGAGACGCUCCAGACAAGUGUUACCUGCCCAAAAAACAGAUUCAUGUCUGGUCCGGACACACCAAGGGUGUCAGUGCCAUCCGACUAUUUCCUACUUCUGGUCAUCUGCUGCUCUCCUGCUCCAUGGACUGUAAAAUCAAGCUGUGGGAGGUGUACAGCGAGAGGAGAUGCAUACGGACAUUUAUUGGCCACAGUAAAGCAGUGCGAGAUAUUUGCUUCAACAACACUGGGACCCAGUUCCUCAGCGCUGCCUAUGACCGCUACCUCAAACUCUGGGACACUGAGACAGGCCAGUGUAUCUCCCGCUUCACCAACAGGAAGGUACCGUACUGCGUCAAGUUCAACCCAGACGAGGACAAACAGAACCUUUUCGUGGCCGGCAUGUCGGAUAAGAAGAUUGUUCAGUGGGACAUCAGGACAGGUGAGGUGGUUCAGGAAUACGACCGUCACCUGGGAGCCGUGAACACCAUCACCUUCGUUGACGAGAACCGUCGGUUUGUCAGCACAUCCGACGACAAGAGUCUUCGAGUUUGGGAGUGGGACAUCCCUGUGGACUUCAAGUACAUCGCUGAGCCCAGCAUGCACUCCAUGCCAGCUGUGACACUCUCUCCCAACGGUAAAUGGCUGGCAUGCCAGUCUAUGGACAACCAGAUUCUGAUCUUUGGAGCCCAAAACCGCUUCAGGCUGAACAAGAAGAAAGUCUUCAAAGGCCACAUGGUGGCUGGCUAUGCCUGCCAAGUGGACUUCUCCCCAGACAUGAGCUACGUGGUUUCAGGUGACGCAGAUGGAAAGCUGAACAUUUGGGACUGGAAGACCACCAAGCUCUACCACAGGAUCAAAGCUCAUGACAAGGUGUGCAUAAGCGCACUGUGGCAUCCGCACGAAACCUCCAAGGUUAUCACCUGCGGUUGGGAUGGACAAAUCAAACUCUGGGACUAGAUCUGUCCCGGUGUGUGUUUGGGGAGGGGAUUCUGGGAAAUGAUGGACAGAACUGUACUGGUUCACUGUAGAAAGACAGAAGGGGACUGGUUGUCCCAUGUGUUUUUUGAAAACCUAAAGUGAAAGCCACAGGACUGGUAUCCAGUCUUAUUGUAGCAGCAUAUUUUUGUAUCCUGUCGUGAGAGUUCAAAUUACAUACUCAUGUAUUAUCUGUACAAAGAUGACCACAAACAUACUUUUAAAAAUAAUUUCCACUCCAAAAGGCAGAUUAGAUGGGAACCUUUGCAUUUUUAAAGUAUUUUUCCUUUGUUGUUUUUAUUUGCAUUGUCCUGUGUAGUAUAAUGCUUGGUCAAAAUUCUUAAUUUUCUCUUGUAUGAACAUCCCUUUGUGGAAAUAAACAUUCUGUAAAUUUGACCUCUUAAAAUGAUACUUUGCUGAUUUUCAACCAGCUUUGUGUCAUAACAAUGUGGGUAAGUAUGUGAAAAGGAACGUCCCCUAUUCUACCAGAGCCCAGAUCUCCCUGCUUAUCUCUCAGCUCUAACGUGUCAUCUGGUGUAUUUUCACUGGCUCUCAGGCUUUUGCUCGAACUACAGAUUGUACCUCCACGUUUUUAUAUGCCCACCAGCAGAGACAAAAGCCCCAUUUCCGUCAAGAGGAACAAUACGGUUCAGUUAGGUUCGGUAUGCUUCUUUUCUGUUUCCACUGUGAAAAGUUGUGGAUGGUACCAAUGGAAUGUUCCGUACUGUCCCCAUUUUUGGUCACCCCUCUGUUGGGGUUAGGCCUGUCACGAUAACAAAUUUUGCUGGGCGAUUGCGUCAGAAAUUAUUGCGAUAAGCGAUAAUAUUGUGUAAUGUGCUUUUAAGACCGUUUUUAUUAUUGUUGUAAUUUGCUGUUUUUAGACCAUUUUUAAACUUAUAUAAUGAUAAUAAAGGCAUAUUGAUGCAAGUACACCCUUUUAAAGUGAAAUAAACAUUUAUUUAACAAGAAUAUUUAGGACUGCAAAAAAGAAAAUUUGAAU